AACAAUUAUCUUUUAAACUAUCAUUAAUUGACGGAUAAGGAUGAGCUAUCACUAAUGACUGCUUCGUGUCGUUUUCCACCUCCAAAUUUAUCAUUAUAAAUUCCUUAAUGACCGUUUCUAAAUAUUGAACAAUGACCCAUCCAAACAAGUAAACCGGACAAUGUAGUAUAUAUUAUUACUCAAAUUAAAAUUGAUUUUUUAAAAAAAUAUAUUGAAAAAAUGUCAAAUCACUUACAUGAAUUUGUUGAAAUCAAAAUCAGGAAUAAAACAUUCAAAAUUCUUCCAAACUUAUUAUUUUAAAAUACUUGAAAUUAUACUCUACUAAUAAAUCAACAAAUUUUGAUCCCACCAAUUCAGUUCUACGGUUACUUUCACAAGAUCAAGUUUAUAAUAUCAAAACUCAUAAUACUUAUUUCCCUUGGUUGAAACCAUAAUUUUUACCAUAUUAAACCACCAAUGGCUACAAUGGGGCAAAUUAUUUUCCAUAUCGAACAAAAAUCCACCACACCAAAACCUUGCAGCCUAAGUUGGCACUUUGCCCUUUCAUCAUCAAAUAGCGUACCACAUCCGGAAUUUUUGUUUUUCAUUUUUAAUUUUCCUUUUUUACUUCAAAGAAUCACUUCUCUCUCUCUCUCUUUCCCCCUAGAUGGCCACCUUACCUGCCUAUAUAAUUACGGGCAGUUUCCCUCCCCUGUGCUUUUUGUAUCAGCUUGGUAGAGCUUCAGACGAAGUUCAAAAAACGGUUUUUUUCUUUUUUUUCUUUUUCUUCUCAGAACCCCAUAGUUUAACCAUAAACACCCAUCAGCUGUCUCUUCUGAAAAAGUUUUGUUCUUUUCAGAAAUCUUCUUAUGAAACAUGGAAAAUGAAGGGGACCAUGUUGUUAAGAAACAGAAUGGUGAAGGAACAAGCAAGACCAACAAUAACACUCUCGAUCCUUCACUUCAAAGGGUUGGAGAUUCAACUGAGAUAAUUGAAGAGACACCACUUGGUCAGCACCGAAGGCAGGACGACCUUGUCUUAGAGAUACCGCCAAGUACUCUCGAAGAUGCCAGGGAGGAUUUUGUGAGAAUAGACAUGGCCAUAACACCAUCAACUACUCCUAAAAGAGUUAACUUUUCACCCAUGUCUAGCCCUAUUUUUUCCAGAUUUGAUGAGUCUCCAGCCAACUCAUCAGCAAAAAGUAAAUCAUCCUUAAAAAGCCUCCUUCCAAAGUUAAGUUUCAAAUAUCGCAACACUAAUUUGGAGAUUGAGAAGGCUGCCAUCUUAGCACUGGGAGGCUCAUCAGCAGACAUACAAGAGAAGCCUCGCAUCCCAAGGACGUUUUCCGUCUCAAAGCUUUUCACACCAAGAAUGAAGAAUACAUCAUCCUUACCUGGUACUCCAAUUGCCCAUUCAAACCCAGAGUCCAUGCAUGGUGGACAGAAAGGAGGGGCCAGACCACCCAUCCAUCGUUCACACUCAGUUCCUGUGCUCAACAAAGAUGGAAGCGUAACGCAGUUGGAUUCUUUAGGAGGUGUAUUUCGUGUAAUUCUUACAACUCCACGAGCAGUCAAGGGAUCUGUCGUGACAAAAUCAAACAUAGUUACCAAAAAUGAUACUGAUGGAAAUGAUGAUGGUGGUGAAGAUAUUCCUGAAGAAGAAGCUGUUUGUAGAAUCUGCUUGACUGAACUGGGAGAAGGUGCUGAGACCCUCAAGAUGGAAUGUAGUUGCAAAGGUGAACUUGCUCUUUCCCACCAAGAAUGUGCCAUAAAAUGGUUUAGCAUCAAAGGUAACAAAACAUGUGACAUUUGCAAGCAAGAGGUUCGAAACCUACCUGUUACUCUUUUACGAGUUCAAAAUGUUCAGGCUCAUAACUUGAGAGGCAGUGGGGCACGACUAGCUGAGGUUGCUAGAUACAGGGUCUGGCAGGAUGUUCCUAUUCUUGUCAUUGUUAGCAUGCUUGCUUACUUCUGUUUUCUUGAGCAGCUGCUGGUUACAAAAAUGAAGUCCGGUGCGAUUGCCAUCUCUCUUCCUUUUUCCUGUAUAUUGGGUCUCCUUGCGUCCAUGACAUCAACAACAAUGGUGAGGAGAAAAUAUGUCUGGAUUUAUGCUACAAUUCAAUUUGGAUUGGUGGUUGUUUCUGCUCAUCUUUUCUACUCAUUGCUCCAUGUGCAGGCUGUUCUUUCUGUUCUUCUCUCUGCAUUUGUUGGGUUUGGAAGCACAAUGUGUGGAACCUCUAUUAUUUAUGAGGUUUCAAGAGGGUGGAGAAGGCGGUAUGCAGAAUCAAAUCAACAACUUGGUUCUCAAGAGGUAUCGAGGCCAGAUCAACCACAGGUAACUGCACAACAAACACAGCCGGAUACUCACUCUAAUGAAACUGAAAGGAGAGUUUUAGAAAGUAGGAAUGACAAUUAAGUUAGCAUAUCUAUAGAAACCAUCUCAUUUGGUAGAGAUGCUUUACAUGCUUGUCUAUUUUUGCUGCUUUUAUUAACACUGCAUGGGGAAAAGCUUCCUUUUUUUUUUUUUUGGUUUAAUUUCAGUUCCAGUAAUAUGCUGUAAUAAUGCUUCAAUUCCCGUAGAUCAUUUUCACAACUCAAUGAAGAGUGAAAAUGAAAUGACAUCAACAAGUGUAAAAGAUGUUGAAUCUCAAUAUCUCAAUUCCCAACUACCUCAAGGACGACAACAAGGGGUUCCCUCUCUGCCUUUGAUAAAAACAAACAUGAGUUGUAUGGUAAAUGUUGUGGCUAGGGACAAGUUGAUGGUGAAAAGAUUUGAAUCUUGAUUCGGUUCCUUUUUCUUCUUAUACGGGCUUUGAAUUCAUUCAACCUUGUUUAUCUCAACAUAGUUUAUUGGUCAAAAGUUUUUAAAUGUUUACUUCAACCUUGAGCAGGUGAGCCUGAACAAGUCUUGGGAUACGUCAGAGGGAAACAUUAACUUGUAAAAAAUUUUUUAUCAUCGUAACAAAAAGAAUUAUGCAAGAUACAUCAUAUAAGUUUAAACUCUAUAAAAAUUUUGGGGCUGGUUAUUCAGCCUAUUUAGUUAAUUUCAAAUUGAAUUAUGCAAAAUCAAAUUAAUAUAUUUCAUUUUGAAUAAUUUUGAACACCUAACUUUAUUUCCAAGAGAUAAUUUUCAAUUUUAUUUCAUAGAAUAAACAGUAAAAUCUUGUGUUUCUACCAAGUACCAAAUCAUCAAAUAGUUGCCCUAAUUUCAGGACAAGCUUGCCCACGUCCAGUCACCUAGAUGCGUGAAGCUAUCCGCUUGUUUAACAUCAGUUUUUGGAUGAUCAACAAAAAUCAUAUGGUAGUGGUGAUGAUGCAUCACCAUUAAUUAAUAAUCACUCGAAUACACAUCUAAGAUAUACAAAUCUUAAAGGAGCAACUUCUUGUUAUUCCUGUCUAUGUCAUAAAUAUAUAUAUAUAUAUAUAUAUUCUAGUAAUAACCGUUUGUGCUUACAAUGGAGGUUUCUUUCUUCCUUCAGACCUCUUCAUGCUGUCAAUGGCAUUUUCAAUGGAUUCAGUCGG